AUGGUUCACAAUCUACUGGUACAAUCAUCGGAUUAUAGUGCUUUAUUACUGGAUCUUGAAGGACAGCCUAGAGGAACAGUGAGAAACAGAUUUAGGUUCGAAUCAUGUUGGUUAUACGAGGAGGUCUGUCGGCCACUGGUCGAAAAUGCAUGGAUGAGAUCAGUGGGCAGUGAUUUCCAGCAGCGGAUUCUGGAGUGUGACCUUGCGGCUGUUAAUGAAUACCUCUCUACGCAACAUGAGCUAACUGUUUUAUCAUCCCAGGAGGAGUUAUAUUGGCAACAACGGGCAAAACAAUUAUGGCUAAAAGAGGGGGAUAGUAAUAUGAAUUAUUUUCACAAAUCUGCCUAUGCACGGAAACGAAGUAAUUAUCUCAAGCGUAUCAAGAAUGCAGAUGAUGAUUGGGUGGAAGGGCCUAGCAUGAAAGCGGUAAUCUUGGAGUAUUACUAUGACAUCUUCAAAACCGCUUCAACCUCUGUCAACUUUUUGCAUCAUGUGCAGAAGUGUGUAACGGACGAUAUGAAUUCUUGA